UAUAUCCAAUGAAAAAGAAAUUCCAUUUUUCACAAAGCCCCAGUUACGUUAGCUCAUCUCUGUGGUUAUGCCAGCUCGUUUUUGGCAAUUUUGCUCCCGUGGUGCAGAAAUAAAACGCACAAAUGAAAGCACAGCACCUUGCUUGGAGGCAUGGUGCUGCCUGCAGGCAGUACAGAACCUUCUCUCCCUCAAAGCCCAACCCAUUAAUCGGGGAUUUCGGGUGCCUGACACGGGUGGGAGAGCAGGAGAUGGGAGGCAGGUGAAUGUGUUGGCAGCUUAGAGCUCACGUUUUGGCACUCCUCAACCUCAUCCUUUUCCUCUUUCUUUUUCAGUGGCAAAGGAGGAGAAUCGCUGCACGGCAGGACCUCUCCAAGCAGAAGCCGUGGACCAGUAGGCACUUACCAGCAAGACAGCACACCCCAGCAGCCAGAAUCAGGUGCCGUGUUGACUCACUGCCGGGCAGCGGAACGGAGGAAAUUGGUUAAAAUAUCGCAGCGUUGUGUAAACCUGGGGACAAGUCCAACUUCUCAGGUAAGAGAAGCAGCAAACACCGCAGCCAAAUCCACUCUGCACCUGGGCAGACCUGUCCUGGCACCCGUGAGUCACUGCUUAACAGCAUUUUGUUAGUCUGAAGUCUUCAAGUUUUUUUGUUGUUGCUGUUUCCUUUUAUUUUUUUUCCUAUUUGUUCAAGGCUUUUCUCUAAUCUUCUUGUUUUUAACGUCCCGCCUAGGCUGGAAUGAAAACAAGAUUAAGAGCUAGUUAGAAGAUUAAAACCAGCAAUGAACCUGCGAGCCCCGACAGCAAAGCAGAGCUGUCGCAGGAGGGAUAUUUUUAUACAGCUUAUUUGAAAAGCAAACAAACUCCAGCUGGGUUUUCGUGCUGCUGGCAUUAAUUGAAGUGGGAGGGCUGAUUAACGGCUUGCUGCUGAAGAUCUCUCUGCCACAUUCCCCCGAAUUUGACUGUUUGCUCUCAAUUUGCUUUGCAGCUGCUGUACAGCUCAGUGGGUUUGUCCAUACGCUCACAUCCCGUGGUGUUCGUGGUCAGGAUGGAGUAGAAGCCCUUUUUGUGGACCAUGGACCAAGAGGACUCAUCCUCAUCAGCUACCAGCACGUGGCACAUCAGCAGCUCUACAUCAGGCUGCUGAGAAGCACUGGAGAUGCAAUUUCUGCAGUCGCCUGCCCUGCCCCAGGUAUUAGGCUGCGGGAUUCCCUCCAGCAGAGCCUGGUUUGACAUCAAAUCCUCGCCUACAACUGAAGCAACACCUCAUCGAUUCGAGCCCUGCGUCCCAGACCGAGCUGUUUCACAAUUAACGCACCCUCCAGGUAGCAAUGAGAAACUGCCACGUCAAAGAUCUCUGCAAAAGUACAUUCGGGAACAUCUCCUACAUGCUCAUGUUGGCUUCAGUGCAGUAUUUUCCCCUAAAAGGGGAUCCUCUGAGUUAUCUUCAUCCCCGUCUUCUUCCAGGAGCUUUGCUCUACAUGCACGACAGCAAGGAUUUGGGGACGGAGGACAACCCAAAAGUGCUACCCGAGGGUCACCACGUGGAAGGACAAAGUCUCUACUACCAGAAAGAACAGGGAAAAAAAUCAUCUUUUUGACACGGAUCCUUGGAUGGAAAGGUUUCUCCUGGCCUAGCACUGAAGAUCUGGUCAUCGUGGUUCUGCUUUCCCACGGAGGACCAUGCAAGCACCUCCGCAGCCACCCCUGGAGCAUCUUCACGGAAGAAGCAUCACCAAAUUCAGUCCCAAACCAGACUUGCAUUAGGCUGCACAUCUCCAUCCCGGGCAAGGACAGCAAUCUGGCUUCAACCCCCAGGGGUUGCCCGUACCAAAAAGCAAGAGGAGCUGCUGGAGUUUCCCCUUUUUUUGCCACCAACCCUUUGGUCCCGCUGACCCCCAUAAAUAAAGCAGCUCUUUUCGACGAGCGAAUAAUUGAACGUCCUCGUGACCCCGGCCUUGUCUCUCUCCUGCCAACUGGCUCUGCAGUGUCAACGAACAGCAAUAAAUAAAUACAUAUCUGCAGAGGGACCUAAAUGACUCCCAUUACUGGAGCAUCUGAAGGCCUGCUUAAAUAAAUCAAGUGAGGAGGAGAUGAUGCUGCAAUCAUGUGGAGGGGAAAAGGAGAGAAUACAUUACUGGCAUUCCAGAGGCGGCGAGCGGCAUUGGCAAAUUCGGAAGGAUGCUGCUUCAUCCAAGUGCUCCUGGACCGCUGGAGGACUCGUGUUGGUGCCUUCAGAGAGGAGAAGAUGCUCGGCUCGCCCUCAGCAGCUGCUCCUGCGCUGGGGAUGGGGCUUACAGAAGCCUCUCCCUGCUUUUUUAUAGGGUGAAAAUGAGGAUAAGGGCUCCAGCUGCCUGCCCCUGCCACUGUUUUCUCCCUUUUCUCCCUAAAAUGUGCCCCUGGGGCAGGGGGAAGCACAAGCCCUGACCCACCUUCCACCCCAGCAUGGGCAGACCCUCGCCCUAACCCACCCCAAGACCACGGGGUGUGCGACAACCCCUUCCCAGAAGGGCAGAAAACCUCAUUAAUCAGCCUGCUUUGGGAUCCCACAGGGACCGGGCGAUGCCUCUGCACACUGAAGGAACCACCGGCUGUGCUUUGCCUUUUCCUUGUUCCUCCUUUAAUUUUAAAGCCUGGGCAUUUCUUCCUUCCCCCUCGCACAUCCCUCACCCCACGGCCUCGUGUGUUGCCAUUAAUUGUUCUUUACAUCAUUUUCCUUCCCCUGCUGAGGCUGAAAUUGAAAGCAGCAGCCGAACCCUCGGUGAGCUCAGGGUGGCGACGAGAGCAGGCUCGGGCUCCUCAUCCCUGGGGGGAGGAGAAGGGAGCGCUUGGGGACCCUAAUUCGGCGCAGGAGCUUUUCCCUAAAGCUUUCCAGCCUCUUAACAGAAUAAAAACCCGGCUCCUGUUGCUGACUUGUCCCAGGAGAGUCCCUGUUCUCUUAUUUUUUUUUUUUCCCUCGCUCUUCUGUUGCUGAUUCUUUAUUCCUUCCCUUGUACAACGUCCCCUGGCUCCCAUAUCCCCCUGUCCCCACUGAUCCCUGAUCCUAUAACCCCUUAACUUGAAACCCUAGAACCACUAUUUGGGGUCAAAGAGGUGAAAAAUGCCUCUUUGCCUCCACUGCCAUUACAGCAAGCUGAUGGGGCAGGAGCUGGGCACACCACUGGGAUCAUAACACAGUUAAUUAAUAUGGGAGUGUCCCCCACCAAUUAACACUGAUGGGUACCAAUUAAAGCACAUCACAAAUCAGGGUGGGCUCCAUGAUCUCUGUGCCCUGGUUUUAAGGCAGUUACUGAAGAUUUGGGGUUGGAGAUGUACCAUAGCGUCUACUCCAUGUAAGGGUCCCAAGCCUUCAGAAAUAGCUUUCACUUUUUUUUUAUUUUUAUUUAUUUGUAUUUAUUAUUUUUUAUUUUAAUCCUUUUGGUGCUGAGUUUUCCACCACGCUGGGGGUGAUGGUUCAGUGCUUGGCCUCUGGACCUAACAUGCGAUCCUAAAUAGGAUUUUUUUUCUCCCCCCCAUUUUUUCCCUGUGUGAUUUUUGUUGGGGUGAGGGAAGGAAAUGGCACGGAAUGGGGUCAUUCCACUGACCUGGUUCUGAGCACAGCCAGACGCUGGCAGCCCCCAGGCCUGCAGGGCAGAAAGGGAAAGGAGGAGGAGGAGAACAUGAAGAAAGGGGAAAGAGAACAUGAAGAAAUGGCUUUUGCCGAAGGAGAAACCACCACGUGUGGAACCAGAGGCUCUGGCAAAAAAAUGAGGUAGCUGUAACACAAAUACUGCCCAGUUUGAAUUCAUAAUGAAAUUAAUGUGACAUUAACAGGGAAAUAAAAAAAUCCCAGAUACGGAAA